UUUUUUGAAUUUUUGAAUAAAUAAAUAAAAUGUGGGUGGGAAAAAAAAUUAAAAAACUGCGUAUUUAAAUAAUUAAAAAAAGUGCGCGCUUUUUUUAAAUUUCAUUAUUUAAAUUUAUUUAUUUAAAAUUUAUCUUGUCUCAUGUCUGCUACAUUCACACUCAUAUAUUUAUAUAGUGUGGCAUUAUUUGUAACUUGUAACAGCAUUAAUUAUUAAACUAUACUAUUUUUCCUGUUACAAAAUGAAAAUAAUAUUUUCUCAUCUAGUUUAUAGUUAUUUAAAUUAUUUUCAUUGUCAAUCAAAAGUGUACACGUGAAAACAUCCAGUAGUUGGUUAAUUCAAAUUAAACAAAUAAUUAAAAAAUUUAAGUCCGCGUCAGUUUUAUUUAAAAGUAACAGCACAUUUUGAAAUUUUAGAGUGCCGAGGAUUUAAAUUGUGAACAAAAAAAGACGGAGUCAUAUAUGCAUGAGAAUUGAGAGUAUAUAAAUAUAUGUGUGUGUAUGUAUAUAUCUAUAUAUAUAUGUAUGUAAAGAUUGAAGUUGAAGAAGAGUUAAACAAGUAUGUCGAUGUGGGCGUUAUGUAUAACGAAUAAAUUUUCUCAAUAGUGAUAAUAAAAUAAUAAUGAAAUGAAUAGUGCGAUAUCGCUUAUCCAGUAAAAUAUGGCGAUCUUGUGAUUUUAAAACAACUUUAAUCAGUAGCAAGUGUCAAAAACUCCUCGGAGUUUUUAUGAGCUGAGAGAAACAAAAGGAAACUUAUUUUUUAAAAAUCUUGUGGUAUUUUAUUAACAAAGAGAUAAAUACCAUCGUUGAAUUUUUUGAAAUUUUAUUUAUUGUCUGGUUUUUUUUUUGUUGAUGGAUUGUCAGUUAGUUUAAUUAUUAACCUAUUUUUUACCAUUUUAUAUUGUGGUUAUAUAUAUACGUAUAUACAUAUAUUUAAAUACUCGAGACUGAGAUUUGCUGGACCAAAGAACAAGGAGAUUCUUAAUAAAAUGGCUCGGGAAUAUGAUCAUUUGUUUAAGCUGCUAAUUAUUGGAGACAGUGGAGUUGGAAAAAGUUCACUGCUGCUCAGGUUUGCUGACAACACAUUCAAUGGAAGCUAUAUAACAACAAUAGGAGUUGAUUUUAAAAUAAGAACUGUUGAAGUUGAUGGUGAACGAGUUAAAUUACAAAUAUGGGACACGGCUGGACAAGAAAGAUUCCGGACAAUAACGUCGACGUAUUACAGAGGAACACAUGGUGUCAUCGUUGUUUAUGACGUAACCAGUGGGGAUUCUUUUGCGAAUGUCAAACGAUGGUUACACGAAAUAGAGCACAACUGUGACAUUGUCAACAGGGUUUUAGUUGGUAAUAAAAAUGAUGCGCCUAAUCAUAAAGUUGUUUUGACAGAAGAUGCUCAGCGUUUUGCCAACCAAAUGGGGAUUCAAUUAUUUGAAACUUCUGCUAAAGAUAAUAUUAAUGUUGAAGAGAUGUUUAUGGCGAUAACCCGUCAAGUUUUACGCACAAAAAAAGAACGUAAAGAACGUCAGGCUAUACAAACAAACGAAACAGUUAAUUUAAGAAAAAGUACCAAGCAACAUAGGAAAAAAUGUUGUUAGCACGUUUUAUUACACUAAUUAUUUAAUUUUAAAACAAAACUAAACUAAAAUAAAUAAAUAUUUAGUUACUUUCUAAAUAUUUUUUAUUUACGGACAUUGAAUAAUAAUUUAAUAAUAAACUAUUGAAAAAAAAUUGAUUAUAAAAAAAAAUAAAUACGAGUAUUAUUGAUCUCGUUAUUUAAGACAGAGAAAGCUUCAAUGUGUGUCAUAGAUAUUGUGCUCACUAGUUUCAAACGUUUAUUAGCUAAUUUUAUACAAUUAUUAAUAUAUUAUAAUAAUAAUAAUAAUUAUUAUUAUUGUUAUUAAUAUUAAUAUUAUUAUUAUUCUGAAUCCUUGCGACUGUUAUAUCAUGUGAAAGGUGACUCAAUUAACAUACACUCGAUGAACUUUUUCUCAUCAGUGUAAGCUGAAAGAACAAGAAUAAAAUAAUCAACGAAGAAAUUAAUGAUACUGCAGUUAGCCGACGUCUAAUAAUUUUUGAAUUUUUUUUAAAGUGAUAAAUUACGAAAAAAAAAAAAAAAUAUUUAAAAAAUUCCACCUACAGCUUUAUCAAUUUUCUACAUGUGCAUUUUUAUGAGUGUAAAUGUAGCAGACAUCAGACAAAUUUAAAAUUAUAAAUAAUUAAUAAAAUUAAAUUAAAAAAUAAUGCGCAUUUAAAAAAUUACAAAAUUAUUAAGUGCAUUUUUUAUAAAUAUUAUUUUUUAAAUUAUUUACUCUAUUUAUUUACAAUUUUAAAUUUGUCUGAUGUCUGCUACAUUCACACUCAUGCAUUUUUUUAGUUUAUUUUUUUUAUAAUUAAUUUGUUAAAAAAAAAAUCCUAAAAUUAUUGUCUGCUUACUGCAGGAUCAUAGAAAUAUGACACUGAAGUUAGCCGGCGUCUAUUAAUUUUUGAAUUUUUUUAGAAACGAUUAAUUAUGAAAAAAAAACAAUUUUUGAAAAAUUGCACCUAUACCUUUUUCAAUUUUCUACAUGUGCAUUUUUUUUAUAAUUAAUUUGUUGAAAAAAAAAAUCCCAAAAUUGUUAAUUGUCUGAUAACUGCAGGAUCAUCGACAUUACUAAACAUAAAAAAUAAUU